AUGUUGAAGAAAGUGAUAGAUGUAAAGGAAGCCAAGGAGCAAAUAUUAUUCUCGUUCCCUAUGAUACUCACCAAUGUGUUCUACAAUCUAAUUCCAAUGAUUUCAGUCAUGUUUGCUGGUCAUUUCGGCGAGCUACCAUUGGCUGGCUCUACUCUUGUCAAUUCUUGGGCUACUGUCACUGGUUAUGCAUUUAUGCUUGGAUUAAGUGGUGCACUCGAGACAUUAUGUGGGCAAGGCUUUGGUUCAAAUUUGUACAAUAUGCUAGGGAUUUAUCUCCAAGCAUCAUGUAUGAUCUCGUUCGUUUUCUCUAUAAUCAUAUCCGUAAUAUGGUGGUUUACGGAACCCAUUUUAGAACUACUCCAUCAAAGCCCUGUUAUUUCAAAAGAAUCAGCAAUCUAUAUAAGAUAUUUAAUACCUGGUAUAUUUGCAUUUGGCAUUCUACAAAACACCAUAAGAUUCCUCCAAGCACAAUCUGCGGUUUUUCCCCUAGUUAUUUUAUCACUUGUUCCGUUGCUCUUGCAUUGUGGACUUAACUAUGUGUUGGUUCAUUUCACAACCCUUGGUUUUAAGGGACCGGCGGUGGCUACCUUCACAACGUUUUGGCUGUCGGUUAUAAUUCUGAUCACAUACGUGAGUUUCGCUAAUAAAUUCGAGCAUACAUGGAAAGGGCUAUCGACUGAAUCAUUUUUACAUGUCUUUUCUAACUUGAAACUGGCACUACCUUCUGCUGCUAUGGUACGUUUUGAGUAUUGGGCAUUUGAAAUCUUGGUGUUGUUGGCUGGCCUCAUGGCAGAUUCUGAGGCAACUACUUCUCUCAUGGCAAUAUGUGUCAUUACAGAAACAAUUGCUUAUAUGGGUGCUUACGGGUUGAGCGCCGCAGCAAGCACGAGAGUUUCAAAUUUGCUUGGAGCUGGGAAACCGAGUCAAGCGAAGAGUGCAAUGGGCGUUACAAUAAAGCUGUCGAUUCUCUUAGCCAUGAUUAUCUCUCUAGCUCUAGGCUUGGGGCGUUACAUUUGGGGAAGCUUCUUCAGUGACAAUGCCAGUAUAAUCAAAGCAUUUGCUGCCUUGACUCCUUGGAUUUGCUUAUCCAUACUCUUGGACUCGAUCCAAGGCGUACUAUCAGGGGUAUGCAGGGGAUGUGGUUGGCAACACUUCGCCGUGUUCAUAAAUUUGGGAACAUUCUAUUUUAUUGGCAUGCCAAUCGCAUAUUUAACUGCCUUUGAGUUUAAUUUGCACGUCAAGGGUCUUUGGAUUGGCUUAAUCUGUGGCCUCACCAUUCAAUCUGCUUCGCUUUUUCUGAUUACUCGAUUUCAUAAAUGGACAGCACUUGACAUCUCUUCCAGAGGCAAUGCAAAUUCAGUUAGAGCAGAACCAGUGUAGCUAGGAUAGAUCUUGAUAGCACUUCUUUCCUAAUGUAACUUUUUUAUCCAAAUGUAUUUAAACAUCAGAACACGAUAAAGCAUUAGUUUAGAAUAGUAGAGUCACAUGAGCCAAACAGUUGAAAUUUCAAGAAUGCAUUUUCUAUAAACAGCCAUGGCUUAGCCACCAUCUACAGGGUUUCUGAUAACAACUGACUCAAGCAUGAACGUGACAGAAUUAAGAAAGACGAGAAAAGAAGCGUGUAAGCAAGCGAUUACCAUGCUGCAGUAGGAGACUCACAUGAGCCAAACAGUUGAAAUUUCAAGAACGCAUUUUCUAUAAACAACCAUGGCUUAGCCACCUUCUACAUGGUUUCUGAUAACGAUUGACUCAAGCUUAAACGUGGAAGAAAUAAGAAAGACGGGAAAAGAAGCGUGUAAGCAAGCGAUUGCCAUGCUGCACGUUACUUUCAUUUGAAUUUUAUCCUAAAACAUACUUGUAAACUAGAUUACUAGAAUUCUACACAGCAGGAAAACUAAUAUAAACCACAAACGUCCCAAAAAAAUUAGGAUAAUUCACCUUCAAUCGUGGGACAGCAGAGUAUAAACUUCCAAUUUCUAAGGACCACUUCAUGAAAUGGCAGGCAUUUAUUGGCUGCUCUGCUUUUAAGACCAGGCAAAUUUGUGGGUCCAUGCUCUUAAAA